AUGACUGAUUUCCAAAUGGUUUCCUCAGAUUUUACAGCAGAUGAGAGGAUGGAGAUCGAAAGCAUAAAGACGCAUAAGAAAGAUCUUCUGGAUGAUAUCCAGAAGUUGAAGAUGGAGAUCGACAACGUCAUGGCAGAAAUACUCAGCUUUGAGUCUUCAGAGGAAAACAAGACUAUUGAGAAGAGCAAACAGUUCUCUAAUGGCAAGAAGAAAUUCAACAUGGACCCCAAAAAGGGGAUCACUUACCUGGUGGAGAACAAGCUGCUGGAUGGGAGUGCUCAAUCCAUCGCUGAGUUCCUCUAUAAGGAGGAGGGACUGAACAAGACAGCUAUUGGAGAAUUUCUUGGAGAAAGGGAGGAGCUCCACCUGCAGACCCUGAAGGCCUUUGUGGAGUUGCACGAGUUCUCCGACCUCAACCUGGUCCAGGCCCUCAGACAAUUUCUGUGGAGUUUCCGUCUGCCGGGUGAAGCCCAGAAGAUCGACCGCAUGAUGGAGGCCUUUGCCACACGCUACUGUGACUGCAACCCUCAUGUCUUCCAGUCGACAGACACAUGCUACAUCCUGUCAUUUGCCAUCAUCAUGCUCAACACCAGCCUGCACAACCCCAACGUGAAGGACAAGACCACCCUGGAGCGUUUCUUCUCCAUGAACAGAGGCAUCAACAACGGAGAAAAUCUCCCUGACGACCUGCUUUCGAAACUGUACGAGAGCAUUCACAACGAGCCUUUCAAAAUCCCAGAGGAUGAUGGGAAUGAUCUCACACACACCUUCUUCAAUCCCGACAGAGAAGGCUGGCUCCUCAAACUCGGAGGACGAGUCAAGACGUGGAAGAGGCGCUGGUUCAUCCUUACUGACAACUGCCUCUACUACUUUGAAUUCACCACUGAUAAAGAGCCCAGAGGCAUCAUCCCUCUAGAGAACCUGUGUGUGAGAGAAGUUCCAUAUCCUCGUAAACCGUAUUGUCUGGAGCUGUACAACCCGAACAGUCGCGGGCAGAAGAUCAAAGCUUGCAAAACGGAGACAGAUGGUAGAGUAGUUGAGGGGAAGCACCAGUCCUACACCAUCUGUGCAGCCAGCGCAGAGGAGAGAGACUCUUGGAUCGAGGCCAUCAGAGCCAGCAUCACCAAGGAUCCUUUCUAUGAUUUGGUCUCAGUUCGUAAGAAGAAGGUGAUAAACCAAGCUCCCCAGGACUGAGCUGCCCACUGCCCCCUCAUGGACAUAUAAAGUACCUCACCCCAGUGGGAUUCAGUCCUCUUUAAGUUGCAGUAAAUAUACAACUGUAAGGGACCCUGGAGCUCUGAAUCUGAGCUCUGACUUUGGGCUAAAAGAAGGACUUCUCUUUCCACUUCUCUUUUUACAGACUGAACUUCACUGUGUCAAAGGGGAGAGACAGUGAGUCAUCUCUGUUGCUCUAUCAGCGUGAAAAGCUGCAACAAGUUUGUGUGCUGAUAAUGGGAACUGAAUCGUUCUCAGCACAAGUGUAAAUAUGUAAUCUGUUCAUCUGUUAAGAUUUGUUUUUCAAAAUGUUGCUGUGUAGUAGUGUCAGAUUUUCUUCUAACAUGAGACAUUUAUUCUGGGAAGGUGUCCCGUCGCUCUACAAGAUUUUAGAAUAUGGAAGAGAAAUUGAUCAAGCCCAACAGACAAUUCUCAGCUUCCUAAAAUGUUCUCCUGAAGCUCCAAAAAUGGAUGUAUAGAGGUAAAAUAACAAUUAAAGUUCUCUUCUGUACAUCUGAAGAUGUAAAUAUUUUUUUUUUAAGCUUUUUUGGGGAGCUAUGUUGUUGAUGUUGUUGUAGAGUUUCUAGUACUUUAUAGAUCGAUCAAGAACACUUGUUCUGACAGGUCAAACCUGCAUUUUCUUUUUUAUUGUAAUCGACAUUUUUUUGCACAGUGCACUAACCUACAGCAUGCAUACAUCUGCUUUGAUUUAACUGCAAAUAUACACUGUCACUUAAUUAUUUAAUAAAAAAGGUAUUCAGGUGCUUGUAGACAUGUUGACUGGAUCCUGUUUUUUGGGUUGUAACAACUGUGUUUCUAGAUGAACAACUCUGAAACUUUGAGACCACACCUCGCUUCCUCAUGUUUACUGCCUCUACAUUUUCUAUGUGUGUGUAUGUAGACAUGCUCGGUUCACAUCCUUGUGUGUGCUUCUGUACUUAAAUCAACUUGAUGGUUUAACGCAAUAUCCCAAAUAGAGGUUUUAGAAACCAUCUAAGCUGCCUUUAACCUACUUCACAUCAUGUUUCACAUCUUGUUGUUGUUGUUAGUGUAUUAUAAAUAUGUCUGCGUUAAAAUAGUUGUACAUUCUAUAAGAAUAUUCUUGUUAACAUAUAAUUGUGUCAACAUCAAUACAAAAAUGUUUUCAAGAGUUUCAGCUCCAUAUAACGGCAAAAUAAAAAAAAGUCAAAUG